GGGCGCAUGCGCAUUGUGAUGUAAAUAGUAGCAGUAGCAGGUAGCUAGCUGAGCUUAGCUUGUGGAUCUCUGCGGUGUAGAUAAGGAAUUCUCACCGCGUUUAAACUGAGAGAAGCUGCGGGAGGAGUUACAUUAACCCGAGUCUUUAGCGGGGAGAGAAUAUUCUGGGGGGUUUAGUUUAUUUAAUUAGCUUUAUUUUAUUAGCGUACGUAAAGAACUAGGGCUAGCUAGGGAGCGAGCAGGCUAGCUAGGCUACCUAUUUAGGCAGCUAGCCGGGCAGUGAACAGCUGACCGUUAGCUUAGCAUAGCUUAGCUUAUAUAGAGGAGCUGACUGGCUGGAGAGCUUUCUAUUCGGAUAGCUAGCUGGCUAACAACAUUAUCAGGCUUUAUCUGUGUUAAAUAGUUAGCUAUCUUAGCUAACCUAUAUUUUCUGUAAUUAAUUAUUUAGCUAUAGAAGCAUUAAGUAUUAUAAUAAGUUUAGAAGGAGUAGAGUCUUCAGUUCUCGUUUGGAUGACUUGUAGUUAGUUAGUUCGCUUAGCUAGCUACUAGCUUUAGCUUACUGUUAGUCUGUUAGCUGUGGUUUGGGGUGUUUUUAAGUCUUUCUAUUCGUAUUAAACCCGUUUUAUAGCUAUAAUUAAGCCUCCAGCGAUGUUUUAAAACGUUAAAAACGUUUUAAAAGAUAACAAACUCCUGUAAUUAAUUGAAUUAACCUUCUGGACAGACCAAAGGACGUCGUUGUUGGAGAGCUAGCUAGCUAAGCUAGUUAACCUAACUACUUUACCUACAGUGCAGCUAUGCUGACUGAAAGCAGGAAACGUCAGCGUACUCAAGGCGAUGAUGAAGAUGCACAUCUAAUGCCUCAGUCCAAAAGAUCCAGCGCAACACACAAGUCCUCUGAGCCCAGCGUAGAGGUGUGGGAGUCUGAGUCCUCCAGCUGUGACAGCAGUGGGGUCAGUAGUCCGGAGCAUGCAGCUGGGAGCAGCAGCAGCACCAGCAGCCAGUAUGGAGCUGACAAUCUGGCAACCCUCGCCACCCUCGGGCCCUGCAGUCCCCUCAGCUCCUCGGACCAGACCGGCCCCAGCAGCCUGGGCUCGUACCAACAUAUCAACCAGGUCCUGAGAGAGGCGCACUUCCAGAGCCUGCAGAAAAGAGGACAGUCCCGGGACAGGUGAUCUGCUGGCUUUCUGGGACGUUCAGGGACAUUUCUUCUCAUCUGUGGUGCAUGAAAACGACGACGCCUUCGCUCUGCCGGAAGCCCGACCACGUUCCCCAGACGACAGGGUAAAGGUUAAAGGUCGAAGCUUAAAUCGGCUCCAUCGCCAUCUAAAGUCUGCGAGUCUGCUCUUACUAAAAUUAUUAUUAUUAUUAUUAUUAUUAUUAUUAAUAAUAAUAAUAUUAUUAUUUUCUAGGUCUUCUUCUUCUUUAUUUUCCACACGCUAGAGCUCUCAUUUGUGUUGGUGUGCUUUCGAAUAGUAAGUGUGACCUGGAACUGUAAACCCGUCGACUAAUUAGAGCACAAAAGUGUUCAUAUUGUAAGCAAUAAUAGCUUGUCAACGAUGCAACCUUUUGUGACAUUCACACUGUGUACUUUUCUCCUGAACAGACCGGUUUACAGAUGAGAAGUGAGAGCUUUGCUGUGUGAGCGACUUUUACUUUUCAUUUUCAUUUUGUUUUUGAUUUAGAGUGGAACUGCAACUUGAAACUUUUUUUUUUUUUUUUUUUCAUUUCUUUUUAUUUUAAUAUUGGUAAUAUUAUUAUUUUUAUUAUUUUCUGUCUUGGGAUUGGGCGUGAAGUAGCAGGUUACCUGUGCACUUGUGGCUUUAUGGUAGAGGGGUGAUAAUGAGGGUCCAAGCGAAUCAUAUAAAAUCGUAUAAAAUCAUAUUAAAUAAAAAAAAAACAAAUCAUAUUAAUUACAGCAACAAGGGAAUAAUCCAGGUAUUUGUUUUUUAUUUUUAUUUUUAUUAUUUUUUUUUGAUCCCCUUUGUUUUAUUGGCACUUGAUGUACAUUGAUAUACAUGGUGUAACCUAUAGAUAAAUAUAAAUAUAUAUGAUUAAAGGCAAGGUGCUUAAUUCUGUGCGAUGAAACAUGCGACCCUCUACAUCAUUAUUAUUAUUAUUUAUUUUUUUUUUUUUUUAGUUUGUUUUUUUUAGUUUUAGUCCAGGUUCACACUACGUGAUUUUAUUUUUAUUAUUAUUAUUAUUAUUUUUUUAAGAUCAGAUUUUCUAGUAGCAACUCUUUUUGAAGAUUUCUGACCAAAUCGUUGUCAAAAAAGAAGAAAUCCAACAUAUAUCUGGAUGAUUUGAUAUUGGGACCAAUCAGCGAUUGCUUCAGCCAGCCAAUGAGAACGCAGGCUGAAUGCAGAGUAGAAAGCCAUGGGUGGAGCUUUAAACACAUGUCUAUCAAUUUACUCAUCCAGAUGUUCAUGCAAAUCAUUGCACAAUGCAAUUUUGUCACUCGUUUCUUGCCCUUAAUCCAAUUGUGAAGAAAUCGAACAGAAUAUCUCACACAUAGCUAUGCUUUAAUGCCAAUUUAUGCAUCUAUGUUGAAUCUAUAUAGCGCAAAUGACAUACAUGCCCCAUGCAUAGCUGCGUACUCAAUGCUGUAGCAUGGUGCACACCUCCCAGAAUUUCAACAACUGUGAUUGGCCCACUGAACGGUCUAUUUUUUGUUUUUAUUGCAGUAUAAUUGCAGAAAGAUGCAGACAAACCAAUGCAAACCAAGUAUAAUCAACCAUUCACAGCAGCAUAGGUCUCUUUCACAGGCUACACUGUAGACUCUACAUUAACUCGAUACCGAAGCCUAAAUCAUCCUUUAGUUCUAACGUAGGUUUUUAGUGAAAAAACUUUGACAAAAAUUGAGGAUCAGUCAUGUUGUAUGUAGUAAAAUAAUUCCAAAAAUACUAAUACAAAAGAGACAUCUGAAGAUAUCUCCGUGUUCGCAGUAGCUCUGGUAUCAGCACCAUUAGCAGCACUACAUUUUAUCAAGUAAGCAUGCAAAAUGUGUAUCCAAUAAAAAUUUUUAUCCAAUUUUCUCCAAAUUUACACUGACGACAAUUACCCAGCCCACUCUUAUUAUGACUCUCCCUAUCACUAUUGAUGCUCCAACACUAGGAGGGUAAGGAAGACCAGCACACGCCUCCUCCAAUACAUGUUAAGUCAGACUCCGCCUCUUUUUAAACUUUUUGCAGAGUAGCAUCACAGCGCUAACGCUCAGAGGACAACGCAGCGACUCGGUUCUGAUACAUCAGCUCACAGACGCAGCCUUGUGUUGAUCCACGUCACCCUAGGAGUGAUGAGUAGGGGAAAGAAGAGCGCCAUCUACUGUACUGUACCCACCCAAAGUGAGAGAGGGAGAGAGAGCAAGGCUCUACAAUUGUGCUCUCUCAGGGCUCUGGCAGCUGAUGGCUUUAAGAUUAAAGGAUUUAAACGAUUCUGCGUAGUGCGAAGUCGCGUAGUGUGAACCUUAACGAGAAAGCACUGAUUGAUUUAAAUGUGUUCAGGUUAUUUCACCCCGUUCUUUUCAUUUCUCCUGCACUCAUUUACUCAACGCAGCCGACCAGCCGGACCCUCUGGAAGGCUGCAGCUUGAAUUUGCAUUUUAAAGAUUGUUGAUUUUAUUUUUCUUAUGAUUUUUUUGUAUGGGAAGAUGCGUUGCAUUUUACAUUCGGAUCACCUGCAUUUUAAAAAUAAAGAUGGCUGUUCAUAAA